AUGAUACAGCAUGAUCGAAUGUUUAGGGCACUCUAUCAAACUCUCCCCGCCGUUGAUAUGAUUCCAAAUACGGACAAUCGUAAAUCCCGUAUCCAUCAACGCAACAACGUCGUACUACAAAGCACGAUGAGCUUCCUGGAAAUCAACAGCGGAGAGCUCAAUUCGGAUGCUCGCGAGGACCUACUAUCCCAGUUUACGAACUACAAUGGGAAGCGUAACCGACGAUGGCAUCCGGAUAACGAUCUUAUCCACGAAGAAGCUACAGAAACCCAGCCUAACGAAGGACCAUUCGUGGACCUAGUGGAAAGCAUAUCAUCACGCUCUUCUCCGGACCCGUUGAAAUAA